AUGGCCACCAAGACGAUGCGCGCUGUUGUUUUCAAAGGACCUCACCAGGGCACUGAUCUCCACUGGUAUCAUGGUCGUCUCGAUCUCACAUCAGAGUUUGUGAUCGGUCACGAAGUCGUUGGAAUGGUGGAAGAAAUGGGCUCGAACGUUAACAAAUUACAGAUUGGAGACAAAGUUGUUGUACCAUUCUGCACAGCAUGUUCAUCGUGCUUCUAUUGUCGGUUAGGAGAGUCAGGCCGCUGUACCAAAGGUUUGAUGCUUGGGCUGCCUGGUCAACUUGAGGGCGGUCAAGCAGAAUUUGUAAGAGUACCCCUAGCGGACACGAGUGUGGUCAAAGCCCCAGAUACAAUCCCCGAGCAGAUGCUGGUGCUCAUGGCGGACAUCAUGCCAACUGGGUAUUUUGCUGCCUCGCGAUUUUUGAAAGACCUGCCUUUGAGUCGUCGCAAUGGGAUGACUGCUGUUGUUAUCGGAUGUGGCCCUGUCGGGAUAUGUGCAAUAGCGACCGCCCUCACGCUGGUCAAAUGCGUUUAUGCCAUCGACUCGGUGUCCGACCGUCUCGCAGAAGCCGCAAAAGUUGGUGCCAUUCCACUCAAUCUGAACGACAAUCCCAUCGAGAAGAUCAGGUCUGUCACUGAAGGCCGAGGUGCUGAUGCCGUGAUGGAGGUCGUCGGACGAACCGAUGCUUUUAUGCUCGGGCUAGAGUUGGUAAGGCCGUACGGGACUCUCAGUUCUGUGGGAGUACACACGGAGACUCUUUCCCUGCCGGGGUUAACUCUGUAUGGCAAGGGCGUGAGAAUGGGAUUCGGUAGAUGCCCAGUUCGGAGUGUUUUUGACGACGCACUGAGUGUUCUUGUGGAACAACAAGACAAGCUUGCAUUUCUGUGUUCGGUGAAAAUGUCGCUCGAAGAUGCUGCACAAGCUUACGAGGAUUUCGCAGCCAGGAAAGUUCAUAAAGUUGUGUUCGAUGUGGCUGGUUUGACAAACGGGAAUACAUAA